AUGGUUGCCGCGACCCGCUCCCUCCUGGCGCUGCUGCUCUGCCAGGUGCUGCUGGGCGGCGCGGCCGGCCUCAUGCCGGAGGUGGGCCGGCGGCGCUUCAGCGAGCCGGGCCGCGCCGCCUCGGCCGCGCAGCGCCCCGAGGACCUCCUCAGCGAGUUCGAGCUGCGCCUGCUCCACAUGUUCGGGCUGAAGCGGCGGCCCAGCCCCGGCAAGGACGUCGUCAUCCCCCCCUACAUGCUGGACCUCUACCGCCUGCACGCGGGCCAGCAGCUGGGGCAGCCGCCGGCCCUCGGCUACCCGCUGGAGAGGGCCGCCAGCCGCGCCAACACCGUCCGCAGCUUCCACCACGAAGAAGUUUUGGAAGAACUGCCAGAAGCAAGUGGGAGAACAGCACGGCGUUUCUUCUUCAAUUUAACUUCCAUCCCUAAUGAGGAGUCUAUCACCUCAGCUGAACUCCAGAUUUUUCGGAAACAGGUGCACGGAGCCCUUGAGAACAACAGCAGCUACCAUCACCGUAUUAAUAUUUAUGAAAUUAUAAAGCCAGCCACAGCCACCUCUAAGGACCCUGUCACAAGACUUUUGGACACCAGGUUGGUGCAUCAUAAUGCAAGUAAAUGGGAAAGUUUUGAUGUAACGCCAGCUGUUUUGAGGUGGAUUGCACAUGGACAACCUAAUCAUGGGUUUGUCGUAGAGGUGGUUCACUUGGACAAAGAGAACAGUGCCUCCAAGAGGCACGUUAGGAUUAGCAGGUCUUUACAUCAGGAUGAAGAUAGCUGGUCUCAGCUCAGGCCAUUGUUAGUAACGUUUGGGCAUGAUGGCAAGGGACACCCGCUUCAUAAAAGAGAAAAGCGUCAAGCAAAACACAAACAGCGUAAACGCCACAAAUACAGUUGCAAAAGGCAUCCGUUAUAUGUGGACUUCAAUGAUGUGGGGUGGAAUGACUGGAUUGUUGCCCCGCCGGGGUAUAGUGCCUUUUACUGCCACGGGGAAUGUCCUUUUCCGCUGGCAGAUCAUCUAAACUCAACAAACCAUGCCAUUGUUCAGACUUUGGUCAAUUCAGUGAAUUCCAAAAUCCCCAAGGCUUGCUGUGUGCCGACAGAACUGAGUGCUAUUUCCAUGCUCUACCUUGAUGAGAAUGAAAAAGUUGUAUUAAAGAACUAUCAAGAUAUGGUUGUGGAGGGUUGUGGGUGCCGCUAA